AUGGCGGCGGGAGCGCGCUGUGGCCGGGCGCGGCGCUGGCAGCCCCGUCAGGGGGCGCGGAGCCGGCCGCGUCCCCGCCGCAGCGGUGUCCAGGUGCGCCCGCCGCCGGGCCGGCCCUCCCCCCUGUCGUUGGGCGGAGCGGGGCCGGCGCCGCCCGCCCCCGCGGCACCUGCGCUGCCCGUGGAGCCGCGCUCCCGGCCUGCGGGUCGGGCUGACGCGAGGGCGUCUCUCGACCUUGAAGACGAGUUGGAAUUAGCACACGGCAAAGCACUGGCAGUUCCCGGCUCGGUCCUUUCCCCAGCGCGAGGAGGACCACGAACCAUCCGGCGCCCGCACGGUGCCCGAAUGCCGCCCGGCACUCUCAGGAGGCGGCUGGCGAAGAGCAGGCGCCUCAGCCCGCCGCCGCCGCCGCCGCCGCCGCCCGCGCUCUACUUCGGCGCCGCCGCCGCCGUGGCCGCCGCCGGGCGCUACGCGAAGCCGCUGGCCGAGCUGCCCGGCCGGGCGCCCAUCUUCUGGCCCGGCGUGGUGCAGGGCCCGCCCUGGAGGGACGCCCGCAUCGGCUGCGCGCCGCGCUCGAUCCUGCUGGACAAGGACGGCAAGAGGAAGCACACGCGGCCCACCUUCUCCGGGCAGCAGAUUUUCGCUCUGGAGAAGACUUUCGAGCAGACCAAGUACCUGGCGGGCCCCGAGCGGGCGCGGCUCGCCUACUCGCUGGGCAUGACCGAGAGCCAGGUGAAGGUGUGGUUCCAGAACCGGCGGACCAAGUGGCGGAAGAAACACGCGGCCGAGAUGGCGACGGCCAAGAAGAAGCAGGACUCGGAGACGGAGCGGCUGAAGGGCGCCUCGGACAACGAGGACGACGACGACGACUACAACAAACCCCUCGACCCCAACUCGGACGACGAGAAGAUCGCGCAGCUGCUCAAGAAACACAAACCGGGCGCCGGGGGGCUGCUGCCGCACCCCGCCGAGGGCGAGGCCUCCGCGUAGCCCCGCGCACAUGUACAGAUGUAUUUUUCUACGCCCCGAGCGGCCGGAGCCGGACUGCGGGCUCGCGCUCUCGAAGGGUCGCCGGAUGCGGCCGAGCCGGGCCGGACCGCGGCGUCGUUAUGGUAGGGUCGCCGGCGGCGGGGCCACCUGUUGAAGGCUCUUUGUAAAUAGCCCGCGGUCCCGGCUGUGAAUAGCGCCCGUGUACGAUACCUUCGUUUUGUUUUUUGUACGGCCGCCGGGCCCCGCGGACUGGGGGGGGACCGCCCGCAUGGCGCUGGGGUGCGGGGCCCGAGGCCGUGCCGUAAGGGAGGAGAGAGAAAGAAACCCCAACGGAGCGGAACUCGCGCUGGUGGGAACUGGCGGAGCCGCUUUCGGGCGGAAUAUAAAAAUCCAUUUAGUUGCUGUCAUUGAAUUUAAGGUGUGUUUUCCUUUUGUAUCAUACAGAAUACUAUAGAAUGUAAAUUGUUUUCUUCUUUUUUUUUUUUUUUUUAAGCUAAUAACGAUGAUCUAUCGUGACAUAGCGUCUUAACCUUUAUUAAUUUAUAUUAAAACCAAUUCGGUUUGUAAAGAGAAGGAAAAGCCCUUUGCAAGCCCCGUUCGAUGUAAUGCACUUUCUGUUCGCAAACAAAACAACGAUAAAACCAAUUAAACCCUU